CGGACCACAUGGGAGCAUUUCGCGCAUCGGUUUUACUGACUUGGGUGAUAAUCUGCAAUAACGUGCUGUGUCCCGUCCUCGGCUAUCUCUACAACAACCGCUACGCAGGUGAUCAGGUCUUCAAGAUCACGCCAAGUAAUGAUGAGGAGGUCCGGACCCUAAGAGAAAUUCUCGGACACAUGAAGGUGGAUUUCUGGCAGCCCAACAGUGCUUCUCUAAUCUGUCACAAUGCCACAGUGGAUGUCCACGUGAAACGUAACGACACGCAAGGUUUACACGCACGCUUAAAGCGGGAAAAUAUUGAUUAUCAGGUAUUUAUCUCCAAUCUACAGAAGGAAAUUGAAAAGCAGACGGGAUAUCGCUCCUCUCGCAAGCGGAGGUCAGAGGCUCAGUAUGACUACGAGGUUUACCACUCUCUGGAAGAGAUCCAGAGCUGGAUGUUUAUGAUGAACACAACCCACCCCAAUCUGGUUGACGUGUUCUCUGUUGGGAAGUCAUAUGAAGGAAGACCGCUUUAUGUGCUUCAGCUAGGAAAGAAACGUCGUCUCCAGAAGAAAGCUGUGUGGAUCGACUGUGGUGUUCACGCCAGAGAGUGGAUAGGACCUGCAUUCUGCCAGUGGUUUGUUAAAGAGGCUAUCAACUCAUACCAAUAUGACUCUGUGAUGACAAGACUACUGAACCAGCUCAACUUCUACAUCAUGCCUGUCUUUAAUGUGGAUGGCUAUCGUUUCAGCUGGAUUACGGAUCGGUUCUGGAGAAAGACACGGUCCAAAAAUCACAAGUUCCACUGCAGGGGAGUGGACGCUAACAGAAACUGGAAAGUAAAAUGGUGUGAUGAAGGUGCCUCUUCUCAUCCGUGCGAUGACACGUAUUGCGGUCCCUUCCCCGAAUCUGAACCUGAAGUCAAAGCUGUCGCUAAGUUCCUGCGCAAGCACAAGAAACGCGUGGAAGCAUACAUAUCCAUUCAUGCCUAUGCACAAAUGCUGCUUUACCCAUAUUCCUACAAGUAUGCCACAAUCCCCAACUUCAACUGUGUGGAGUCAGCAGCUCACAAUGCAGUGACAGCAUUGUACUCUGCCUAUGGCGUGAAGUACAGAUACGGACCUGCCUCCACAACUCUGUACGUCAGCUCAGGAAGCUCUAUCGACUGGGCAUACAGGAACGGGAUCCCCUACGCAUUUGCAUUUGAGUUGAGGGAUACGGGAUAUUUUGGUUUCCUUCUACCCGAAUCCCUAAUAAGGCCAACCUGCACUGAGACUAUGAGAGCCGUGAAAGCCAUCGCAUCAGGAGUGCUGAAGAAGUGCAAGACAGAUAGGGAGAAAUUUCCAUAUAUAUGACCACACCCUCCAACUUACCUAUCUUAGCACCUAAUAUUUUCCUGAGAUUUCAUAUUCCGCUCAGAUGUUAUCAAGCGAAGAACCGACAAAGAUCCUCAGAGCGUGAAUUUGAAUUUGUCGUUCAUCUUAUUCUCCUUUUUCUGAUAACAGCUGAUGGUGAUGUAUUUUUGUGUGCAAACAAACCAAACACUAAAAAACACUUGAACCCUACAGGAUCUUUUAAGUAAUGCAUCUUUUUUAAAAAAGUUUAUUUUUUACAGUGAAUAGUGGUCAUGCGAUCACUCAUUAUGCUACAG